UAGUGCAGAUUGUGUACAGGGCUGUAGCUUAUGAGCGACGAGGAGGACACUAGAGAGGACGACCGGAUCUUGCAAUCGACAAGGCGCCCAAUAGCCCAUUUGGCAUUAGGUCCAAAGGGUGGCAGAUAUUUGUUCCGUCGGCGUAGAGAGAGGUUGCAGGAGCAGAGGAGGGCUAGAGCAGCAGAGGCUAGCCGGGCACUUGUGAGUGAAGCCGCAGCUUCAGAAGCUAUGGCUACUUCUGCGCAGCAGACUACUCAGGCCAGUAGUUCAGGAUCUGUCGGGUCAACGGUCGCGCAGACCCAGAGUCAGUCCACUGGCGUAAUGGCAAGCCAACCUAUAGUGUUGACCUCCGACGAGAUUGCCAUACAACAAGCAGCAUUGCAGGAGGCACAACUACUGAAGGCGAUAGGAGAUAUAAAAGCGGAGAAAGAAAGAAUGAUUAGAAGAAGAGCCAGGAUGCAACGGAGACAAGCGGACGUUAGUGAGUUAGAGGAGAUGGACUUGACGCUUGUGACUGAUGAGUUUGUCAUCGUGUACCUCGAUGACAUACUUAUUUUUAGUAAGACUGUCGAGGAGCACGUUGCACAUCUGGACAAAGUCCUCAGUCUCCUGCGACAGCACAAGUUCAAGAUCAACGGUGAGAAGUGUGAGUUUGGCCGCACCCGUGUCUUGUACUUGGGUCAUGAGAUUUUCGCGGAAGGGUUGAAGCCCGAUGACGCGAAGGUGGCCAGCAUUCGUGACUGGCCGCGUCCUCAGUCUGUGACUGAGAUAAGAUCAUUCUUAGGGAUGACCGACUACUAUCGCAAUUUCGUGGAGAACUAUAGCAUAGUUGUCGCCCCUUUGACUGAUCUGACCCGCCUUGACACCCCAUGGGAGUGGACUGAGAGAUGCAAGGUUGUCUUCAGACAUCUGAAGGAUGCGUUGACGCAUUACGAAGUCUUGAAACUUCCUGAUCCUGACAAACCAUUUAUAGUGACUAUGAAUGCUAGCCAAUAUGGCAUAGGCGCCGUACUUGCACAACAGGGGGGGGGAAAGUUGAGGCCUGUAGAGUACAUGUCCAAAAAGAUGCCCUCUCAGAAGUUGGCAAAGUUCACCUAUGAGAAGGAACUCUAUGCGGUGUACAAGGCUCUGACCCAUUGGAGACACUAUCUCCUUGGGGGGUUCUUCAUCCUCAGGACUGAUCAUAAGACCUUGAGAUGGAUGAGAACUCAGCCGGUACUCUCUGGCGCUUUCAAGCGUUGGAUCGAAGUCAUAGAGCAGUAUGACUUCGAGCCCCAGUACAUCAAGGGCAAGUACAACAAGGUUGUUGAUGCCCUGUCGCGUAGACCUGAUUUCUCAGGUGCGCUGAUCACUGAGUUUGGGCUUGCGGACAAUAUUACUCACUCCAUGGUGGAAGCCUAUCGCGAGGAUCCGUUCAUGUCUGAGAUCAUCCGCAGACUCGAGGGGAAGGACAAAGUGACUUCUGUCGAGUUUGAGUUGGUCAACGGCUUGCUGUUCCUUGAGAAGGCUGGGAAUAAACGUUUGUGUGUUCCUAAUAGGGAAUCUUUGCGUAGUUUAUUUUUAGGAGAAUGUCAUGAUGCCACCGGACAUUUUGGCUUUAAGAUGACUGCAGCCAAUCUGUUGCAGCGGUUUUGGUGGCCCACGAUGAUGAGAGAUGCGAAGUUGUACGUGGAGACUUGCCAGGUCUGUCAGAGGGACAAGCCACAUACCCAGGCUCCUCUUGGGCUCUUGAAGCCCCUUCCGAUUCCGGAAAGGCCUGGUGAGAGCCUGUCCAUGGACUUCAUGGAUACACUGGUCACCAGCAAGAGUGGUAUGUGCUACAUCUACGUCAUUGUGGAUAGGUUUAGUAAGUUUGCUAGAUUAGUUGCGAUGCCGGCAACAGCUAAAACGGAGUAUGUGAUUAAGAUGUUCAACGAGAAUUGGGUUAGAGACUUUGGAUUACCUAAGUCCAUAGUUAGUGACAGGGAUGUCAGAUUCACAAGUGAAUUGUGGAAAGCAGCAGCUGCAGAGCAAGGUACGCAACUGCAGAUGACAUCGGCAAUCAUCCUGAGGCAAACGGGCAGGCUGAACAAAUGAACCUCGCUGUACAACACCUGCUAAGGCACUACAUCAAGCCAAAUCAGGUAGAUUGGGAUGAGAAACUUGAUGUCAUCACAAGUUUGUACAAUAACGUUGUGCACAGCGCAACCGGAGUCGGUCCUAACAGCCUGCUACUGACCUUCAGACCCCGACUGCCUUUAGACUUUCUACUACCUGACAAUCAGCCAACCGUUGCACCUGGGACUUUAGAGUUUGCUUAUCGAUAUGAGCAGCUGAUGCAGCAGGCUGUUGAACAAAUGUACAAGGCACAG